AGAUUUCAAAUUGUAUACCUACCCUAAACUAGUAAAACGUUUAAUUGUAUAGGUUGAUAUUGAAUGUGUGCCAGCCUUUUUAUUAUUAAAAUAAUUUGCUAAAAUAUAGUAAUGACUAAUUUUUAUGGCAUAUAAUUAUUGUUUACGGCUCUAUAUUAUGUAUUUGUGCCUUAUACAUUUCUGUAUUCGAUUUUGAGGGGUGUGUCUGUUCCUAGCCAAUAUUACAUCACCUGGAGCUGGUGUUACGAUCGAUAUGCCUUCAGCAGAUGGCACUGUAGUGCAAGUUUUCACAACAACCAUACAUGUUUUCCCCCACACUACUGCUAUUCGAUGUGUUGGACACACGCACAAGCACAUUUGCCCAACCCCUGCCUUUCUCACACAGCGUAUAUGCAAUACAAGAGAUGUAGAGAUGCACACACAGUGCCGCAGUUUAUCUACACUAGACUCUAUGGAGCUGGGCAGAGAUGUAACAUCAAUCUGGAGAUGCUGAGGAGGCUGGUGCGCAUCACAGAAGUUUGGGAAAAGGCAUUGGAGCACUUAUUGUGUUUUAACUUUUUUGAAUACCCCUGCGUCGGAAUAAUUUGAGCAACUCAAAUGCUGCAAGUGAAGUUACCGAUCAAGUAAAUUCUCGCAACAUCUAUGGACCGCAGCACUAAACGCGUGGAUUAUUUAGUGCCAUGCGUAAAUAGACUGGCGUGAAACUCGAGACAUUUUACGCGUGCGUUCAUCUGACAAUUGCGGUUGUCUCGUCAUGUCUACAAUCAGAAGGAAAUUCGGCGAUGACUAUCGGGUGGUGAACACGGACCGGGGCAUGUCGUUUUCUGCCCCGGCUAAAAGAAAGCGCCAGCGAUUUGUGGAGAAAAACGGACGCUGCAACGUCCAGCACGGUAACCUUGGCGGGGAGAACAGCAGGUACCUCUCCGACCUCUUCACCACGCUCGUGGAUUUAAAGUGGCGAUGGAACAUGCUCAUUUUCCUCUUGACGUACACGGUCGCGUGGCUCAUAAUGGCAUCUAUGUGGUGGAUCAUCGCGUACAUCCGUGGAGACCUCGGGAACGGCCACGACGAGUCGUACACACCGUGCGUCGCCAACGUUUACAACUUUCCCUCCGCUUUUCUGUUCUUCAUUGAGACCGAGGCGACCAUAGGCUACGGGUACAGAUACAUAACAGAGAAGUGCCCAGAGGGCAUCAUACUUUUCCUGUUCCAGUCUCUCUUGGGCUCGAUCGUGGACGCGUUUCUCAUCGGCUGUAUGUUCAUAAAGAUGUCACAGCCCAAGAAGCGCGCAGAAACGCUCAUGUUCAGCCAGGACUCGGUCAUCUCACAACGGGACGGGAAGCUGUGCCUUAUGUUUAGGAUCGGGAAUCUCAGGAACAGCCAUAUGGUUUCAGCGCAGAUCAGGUGCAAACUCAUCAAGUCCCGUCAAACCCCUGAAGGAGAAUUUCUCCCGCUGGAUCAGAGGGAAUUGGAUGUAGGAUUUGGAACAGGUGCUGACCAGCUCUUUCUUGUCUCACCCCUGACGAUAUGUCAUGAGAUCAAUUCCAAGAGCCCAUUUUUCGACCUGUCCCAGCGCUCCCUCAUGAAUGAGCAGUUUGAGAUUGUUGUCAUUUUGGAAGGCAUUGUGGAAACAACAGGCAUGACGUGUCAGGCACGCACAUCUUACACAGAGGACGAGGUGCUGUGGGGUCACCGCUUCCUCCCUGUCAUGUCACUAGAGGACGGUUUCUUCAGGGUUGACUACUCGCAGUUCCACAAUACGUUUGAGGUGCCUACGCCCCCAUACAGUGUAAAAGAGCAAGAUGAGAAGUCGUCCCUCCCCUCCCCUGGUCCUCUUCUCUCCCCUGCGAUGAUUGACGGGCGCAGACGCCGAGAACGGAUCUUCUCUUUAGACGGGGUUCCUCACGCUGACGGACCAGGCUCCAAAUUACCCAGCAAGCUCCAGCGUAUGAGCUCCAAGAAUGGAAAAGAGGUCCUCAAACCUGGAAUCACUCAGCCAACGGAAAAGGCCUCAAGCACGGGAGACCUGCCUCUCAGGGUUCAGAGACUCGGAUCACUGUUGGGCCAAGAGGAGCCGGAAAAUCUGCUCCAGUUAAAGGCUCUAAAGAUGGGUUCAGAAGCCCACACCCAGUCAGCAGGAGAACUGGAGCAUCAUAGACUGCUCCUAAUGACUGCUUCUGUUCCAGGGCCAAACCUCAACUCAUUACCCAUGUCCAGUGGACGACCGGAGGACAACCUCCCACCUAAAUUACGAAGAAUGAAUGCAGAUCACUGAACAGAUCAGGGAUGAACAUUGAGAGAUGGCUCUUUAAAUCAUGUAAUAAUUUUAAGAAUAUUUAUUUAUUUAUAAGAGUAUAGAUUCUUUCUCUUUGACCUUAUGAAAGAGCUGUGUCUCUUGUCAAAAACCAUCGCUUUAGCGUCAACUUGAGCAUUUUAGACUUUCUGAGGUUAAUCUGAUUUUAAAUAAGCCUAAUAUACUGUGUUGAAGAAACAGUCAAUAUAAAUUAAGCACCUUAAUGGAAUUAUAAACACAAAAUGUAUUUCUUUGGAUAUUUAUAUAAGUAAACUAUCAGGUAUUUACUUGUGUACUGAAAUGUAUGUACUGGCUUUUAAGGCUUUUUGUCACAUUUCUGUCAGCAAUAUACAGACAGAAAGACGAAUGACUUUAGAAUUCACAAAAAUGUCUCGUAUAUUCACUCCAUUUUGAUCCUUUAAAAUUAAAAGUCAAAAAUGAAAGUAGUUUGUUUUUAACAGAUAUCUCUCAUAUUGGGCACUAAGUGGUAGCUAACAAUUAUUGUGCAGAUUCUCAAUACAGAUUUUUAAUAAUCAAAUAGCUUGUAAUUUGAAGAAUUUCAUUAUUCAAUCAUUUCUAUAAUAAUAAAAUAUUUCAGAGAGCA